AUGUGUAGUGUGAGUGACAAGGCAAUGACAAUGAUUCUUGACUUACUGCGGGACGCAUUCGAACAAGCAAAACUUCCAAAGACAGUGUAUGAAGCCAAGAAGACAAUAAGAAAGCUGGGUAUUGAAUAUGCCAAGAUAGAUGCUCGUCCAAAUGAUUGUAUGCUGUACCGAGGUGAUGAUGCGAACCUGACUAGGUGCAAGAAAUGUGGGUGUUCAAGAUGGAAGCAGAAGACCAAAAAGGGCUCUAUUCUUAGGCUCAACGUACCAGUAAAGAGAAAUGGAAAACUUAUAGCAGCCAAGACCCUUCGUUACUUUCCCCUCAUACCACGAAUGCAGCGGUUAUUCAUGUGCAGCAAGACAUCGAGUGAUAUGUUAUGGCAUAAACAGGCGUCUAAUAACGAUGGUUUCCUUAGACAUCCAAGGGACGCUGAAGCAUGGAAAAAGUUUGAUGCAAAGUAUACUAAUUUUUCGGCGGAUCCGCGAAAUGUUCGCCUAGCCUUGGCGAGCGAUGGAUUUAAUCCCUUUGGGAAUAUGAGCACAAAGUACUCCAUCUGGCCUGUGAUUCUUAUUCCGUAUAAUCUACCACCCUGGAUUUGCAUGAAGCAGACAUCUUUCAUUCUAUCCACGCUUAUUCCUGGGCCAAAAAUUCCAGGUAACAACAUAGAUGUUUAUUUGCAGCCUUUGAUUGAUGAGUUGAAGCAAUUAUGGGAUGGCGUUGAAACCUAUGAUGCCAAAGAGGGAAACACUUUCAAGAUGUAUGCAGCACUAAUGUGGACUAUCAGCGACUUUCCAGGAUUGGGAAACCUAUUCGGCUGGAAUACGCACAGUGGGUCGAAUGUAGAGAUCCGCCAAAGAUUAUCCGAAACAGAUGUAUUGAGGCAGCAGUCUAAUGUGCACUUUUCAUUUGGGAAGAGUUCAAGUGUGACAUCUAAAAAAAGACGCAAUGGCCAGGAUACGGAUGAAGAUGAUUCACAUUGGAAGAAGAAGAGUGUUUUCUUUGACCUCCUGUACUGGAAGGAUCAGAUGUUGCGUCAUAACCUCGAUGUGAUGCAUAUAGAGAAAAACGUGUGUGACAAUGUGGUCUUCACUAUCUUAAACGAUAGUAGCAAAUCAAUGGACAAUCUUAAAGCUCGCAGAGAUUUACAAUGCAUGGGUAUAAGGCCUGAAUUAUGGCCGGAGGAAGGUGAUAGUUACUCUAGCAACGUUGCUUGUUGUGUUGAUUUGCGACAGCGCAAGUUAUAUGGGUUGAAAAGUCAUGACUGUCAUAUUCUGAUGGAACAAUUACUCCCAAUUUUGGUGACGUUCUCACUUCCGAGUCCGGUGUCCAAUGUGAUUGCAAAUUUGUCGUCAUUUUUCCGAGAACUUUGUGGGAAAGCCAUAAAUCUUAUGCAGCUUGCUGAGCUUCAGAAUCAUGUUGUGCAAAUCUUGUGUCAGAUGGAAAUAAUUUUUCCUCCAUCCUUCUUCACCAUCAUGGUUCACCUCACCAUGCAUCUCGUUGAUGAGGUUACUCUUGGUGGACUCGUACAUUAUAGGUGGAUGUAUCCAAUAGAAAGGUAUUUGGAUAAUAUUGAGACUAGAAUCAACCGACCAGGGCGAGUUGACGAUGGGCCUGUUGACGUUCCUCACAAUUCAGGGGAGAGUAUCUUCCCAGCUAUUGGCAAGGCAUUAGGGGCAGUUUCGCAUUUUGAACUCACUCCAAUGGAAAAACAUCAAGCUCAUCGUCAUGUGCUAGUCAACUGCGAUGCCGUGGUUCCGUUCCUUGAGUAA